AUGAGAAACUGCUGGCUGCGAAGUUUCGGCCAGCUGACAGGAGUCCCAGCGGCAGUCCAAGUUACAGUCGCAGUCCAAAGAGAGGUCGAGGCCGAAGCAGCCCUGCUCGAAAGCGGCGGCGAAGUCGAAGUCCGAAAGCUAGGACUCCUCCAAGCCGGAGCAGGAGUGCCAGCCACUGGCGCCCGGAAGAAUUUAGCUCGCCAGAGCCAAUUCGAAGUCGUCGGAGCCAGCCCGUCAGAGGAGGAAGCAAAGACAGAAACAAAGGUGAGCGCAGCCGUAGAGAUAGUCGCAGUCGCCGUAGCCGCAGGCGUAGACGGUAAGGGAAAGAAACCACACCUUCAGUUGAAUGAAUUGGACGCGAAACUUCUGGAUGACCUGCGACCAGCAAAAGAUUCUGCGGAUUUCUUCUUAUGCCAACUGGAAGCAUCUGCAGCGAGGAUCCAAAAAGCUGAUGCCUUUUCUGCAUGGGAGCUGGGUGUGGACUUGUACUGCCGGUACAAGCCUUUGCAUCCUGAGCUGUUCGAAAACCAGCGCGAAAACUUGAAGAGGUGGCUGUCGCCUACCUUUUUGACAGCUGCUACUGCUGAACAUCCAGAUUUUAAGGAUGUGUUGCGAGAAGAAGCGCCCGGUGUUUACUCUUUUGAAAUGUUCAACUUAGAGUUCUGCAAUUUGCUACUUGAAGAGAUAGAUCAUGCGCAGCAAACAGCCCGUGAGGCUUUGGAUCGUCCAAAUGGGAUGAACAGGUAUGGAGUUGUGCUAAAUCAGAUGGGAUUGGAGCCAUUGAUCACGAUUCUUCAGCAGGAAUACUUGAUGCCGCUGAUGACCUCCCUCUUCCCAACAGAGUCCAAGGGAUGUGAAGAUCAUCAUUGCUUUAUUGUGAGGUACAGAGCUGACGAGGAUGUUGGCCUCGACAUGCAUGAGGAUGACUCUGACAUCACUCUAAACGCUUGCCUGGGGAAAGAGUUUACCGGAGCAACGCUCUCAUUUUGCGGCUUGGUGACGGAUGAGAAGCACAGAAAGCUUCAGCACACCUACACUCAUGAGAAGGGGCGUGCUGUGAUUCAUCUCGGCAGACAUCGCCAUGGUGCCGACAAUAUUGAGUCUGGCGAGCGUGUGAACUUUAUACUGUGGUCGGUCAGCGAGACCUACCGCAACUCACAGGCACUGUCACGAGGUGUCAUCAUGGAGGUGGUGGAGCGGAGAUUGGACAUGUACCAACGACCUGUGCUGGACAUGGCACGCCCUAUCGAGGAGAUCAAUUCGGUUCCCAGCGUGUGCCUUUUCCUUGAGGGCUUGCCACCGUACAGGCAGCACCAGCUGUUUCAGAACCUCCUGGAAGUCGCCAACGAGGUACAUGCAUCGCUUGGACGUGUUGAUGGACAGGUUCCAGCAAUCAUUUUCUUUGUAGCUUUACAGCCCUCUGGAGCUGUACCACAGGUGCGGGAGAUGAGUGCCGUGACGGCCAGCCCCUCUUUGGUCAUACUUGAUGUGGACGGUGAGAAGCGUUACCGUCUUGAAUCUGACAAGGAUCUCGAUGCUGCGGAAAUACGCGGUUUCGUGGCAGCCUUCAGAGAAGGGAAGCUGCAGGUGCGCUGA